CAUCGUAUCUCUCUUUUGCCAUGUAACCGGCUGCAGACGACACCUCACGAUAUCUCCGAGGCUUUACUUGCCGAAGAGCGGUGGUGCCGCAAGGCUGUCAGCCGGACGAGCGAAGGCGAGCACCCUGAAGGACACACCCUAAAGAUCCGGCUCUCACCCUCAAUUUCGCAUUUAAUGUUGCAUCCUGGAUGUACACGAUCGAUCACCGGCACCCACCUCGUUCUCGUAACGGCAUUAGUUUCGCACACCGGAUGUCAGUUCCACAAGUACUUUCGUGACAGCAAAACAACUGUCUCUAUAUAGUAGUGGGUCUUUAGAUAUCUCUAGUCCACACCCUCCCCGUACUAAUCUUUUUUACCCCCCACAUAGCCAUGAUUCAUAACGAUGCGUUCGCGAGGCUGCCCAACCUUUUGAAUCUCCUUCAGGCUCAUACUGGUACCAAAUCAAGACUUUUUCUUGGUGUGACAGCUAGUGCUGUGGCCUUAACGAUCGUCUUGAAGCAGCUCAAUGUGAAACAACCGAAGCUCAUAACGGACUACGCGAAAGUAGCGAGGGAACUAAAUAAUAACGGACUUGAGUUUGAUGAAUGGGACUUCAUCAUUGUUGGAGGAGGCACGGCAGGGUGUGUUCUGGCAUCGCGCCUCUCUGAAGACCCGAACACGCGGGUUCUCCUUAUUGAGGCUGGUGGAAGCUCCAAAGAUGUCAAGCCCCAGCAGCACGCAGGCAACAAGAAAAAAUAUUGGCCUCGCGCCAAACUCCUCGGAGGAUGCUCUGCUAUGAAUGCUAUGAUGGCGCAAUACGGUGCACCGUCUGAUUUUGAUGAGUGGGCGGAAAUUGCUGGUGAUAAGUCCUGGUCGUGGACUAACUUCAGCAAGUAUUUUCGCAAAUUCGAAAAAUACAACCCAGACCCGCGCUUUCCACACGUUGAUCCCCUCCUUCGCGGUGCCAAUGGGCCAGUUGAGAUUGGAUACAACGCACACAUCUGGCCUGGCUGUGCAGGCUUUGUCCGAGCGAGCAUGAACGUUGGCAUCCCUUUCUCGCCCGAUUUCUGCACGACCAAAGGGACGCAGGGGACAAAUAAGAUCAUGACAUACAUCGAUAGCAAGAGCACUCGUGUAACUGCUGAAUCUGCAUACCUCACUGAUGACGUCCUUUCUCGUCCAAAUCUGACAGUCGUCACCUAUGCCCGUGUUACCAAGGUACUCUUUGACACCUCCAGUAGCAUCCCACGUGCAAUAGGCGUUGAGUUUGCCAGUCAAUCUGAUGUGGGCAUAGUUGGACCCAAGUUCCAUGCACGGGCGACCAAGGAAGUCAUCGUCUCCGGCGGCUCCAUAUACUCUCCCCACAUCUUGAUGCUUUCUGGCAUCGGUCCAGCUGUCCAGCUUUCACGUCACAACAUACCCGUCGUGCUUGACGCUCCCGGAGUCGGUGCUAACCUCCUAGACCACCCAGCAGUCCCUCUUCGGUUUAAGGAAAAGACGGGAAAGGCGUUCAACCAUCUUACGCCUUACAACACGCGCACGAGGUGCUUGUUCAUGCGAGACCUCCUGCGAUAUCAACUGUGGGGCACUGGCCCAAUCGCUUCAAAUAUCGGCGAGGCUGUAGCAUUUUUCCGAUCAGACGAUCCUGUGCUUUUCCCGCCUGCGGAGUACAAGCAUGAUAUCGAGGACGCCAACUCGGGCACAGAUGCGCCUGAUAUCGAGCUUAUCAUGUGUACUGCCGCAGCGCGUGCACAUAACUUUCUGGGGAAAAAUUUAGAGGCAUAUCAAAUACUUAUUGUCUUAUUACGUCCCACAAGCAAAGGAUCACUCCUUCUCAAGUCUGCCAAUCCUUGGGAUAACCCGCUCAUAGACCCUAGCUAUCUUGAAACCAAGCAUGAUGUUGACGUGCUUGUUCGUGGCGUCCGUGCUGCCUUCAGAAUCGCACACACAGAACCCAUGUCCACCUCCGUCACCGACGUGCAUAGCACGCACCCUGAACUUGAUCAUCACAUCUCUCGUCUCAGUGAUGCAGAGCUUGUUGAUGUUGUCCGGGAUCGCGUAGAGACGCUAUAUCACCCGGUAGGGACGUGUGCGAUGGGUCCUGGUGGGGUCGUGGACUCGAACUUGCGUGUUCAUGGCACUCAGGGUCUCCGGGUGUGUGAUGCAAGUAUUUUCCCCAAGUUGCUUUCAGGACACCCGACCGGUGCAAUUAUCGCGACAGCGGAGAAGUUGGCGGAUGUUAUCAAGGCUCAAUACGCAUGA